AAGACGCUCCAAGAAGGUAUGGACAUCAGGGGUCUUCAUGUUUUCCAUUGUGCCAUACUCAACUACUGCAACCACACCUUUCUCCUUCGCGCUAGCUCAAUCUCCCGAGUUCGGAUCCAAAUCUGAACUUGACCCAGUUCCACCUCUAACCCCGCUCUUCGGCAUCAAGGAACAACCUAACUACCCCUUCUGCGGCGAU